UGCUUAAAGUAGGUCAAAGAACUUGAGACGAAAUAUUCUGAGAAUAGCACACGGUUUCUCUUCUCUGACAAGUGGAGAAUCCUCAUAGCCUAAGCAAGGGGAGUUUGCAACAUGGCAUUCCGAUCGUCGGUCGUGCUUAUCCUAUCGCUGGCCUUUCUGGUGGUCAACUUCGACAGCGUCUCGCCUGAUGAGCAAAUCGAUCACAUAGACGGCGAAGAGUUGGAUAAAAUCAUUAAGAGUGGAAAGCUAGCUCUCAUUUACUUCGCACCUAGUCUGAAUUUGGUACCCACUGGACAAAGUUUAUUAGAGCAAACGCAAGAUGUUACAAAACAGAAAGUUAUAACAGGAGUCGUCGACGAUCUUCAUGUUGCCAGGAAACAAGGCGUGGGUAAAUGGGGCGCACUUGUUGUUUACUACCAAGGCGAGAAAACCACAUACAGAGGCGAGAGGUCGGGAGAAAAGAUUGCAGAAUUCCUAGCAGAGUUUGAAAGUGAUCAAGACGGCGACGGUAUCGUCGAUGCACUGGAUUCUGAUGCAGACGGCGAUGGCAUACCGGACGUCAAAUCGAAUGAUGCGGUAGACAUCGAUACAGACGGAGACGGAAUCCCAGACUACUUAGACAGCGACGCUGACGGAAACGGAAUACCGGAUGAUCAGGAAAAAGACACAGAUGGCGACGGAAUUCCGGACUAUCUUGAUGACGAUGAUGAUGGCGAUGGUAUACCAGAUGCUGAUGAUAAUGAUGCUGACGGCGAUGGAAUACCGGACGUCCAGGAAAGGGACACGGAUGGUGACGGAAUUCCGGAUUACCGCGAUAAUGAUAUCGACGGUGACGGAUUACCCGAUGGUCUAGAAAAAGAUACGGAUGGAGACGGCAUUCCGGAUUAUCUAGACGAUGACGACGACAAUGAUGGAAUACCGGAUUCUGAAGACGACGACUCUAAUGGAAACGGCAUCCCGGAUGAGCUUGAAAGAGAUAAGGAUGGAGACGGAAUACCGGAUUACCUAGACAAUGACGCAGACGGCAACGGCAUACCGGAUCAUUUAGAGAAAGAUUCAGACGGUGAUGGGAUACCGGACUACCUAGAUGAUGACGACGACAAUGACGGCAUUCCGGAUGCCGAUGAUGACGAUCGGGAUGGAGACGGGAUUAAGGACGCAGAUGCGUUCCAUGUUGUACACUUGUCACGUGAGGCACUCCACAAAAUCAUCGACGCUGGAAAACUUGCCGUGGUGUACUUCGCUCCAAAUCGACAGCUUGUUGCUAUAGGUGAAAAUAUGCUCCAGGAACUUCACCCUUUCGUUCACUACGAACUUGUCGCUGGAGUCGUAGAUGAUAUGAAGAUCACAAAGGAACAAGGUGUUGGUAAAUGGGGCGCCGUUGUUAUCUACUACGAAGGCCAGAAGAUUGUGUACAGAGGUGAAAGAUCAGGGGACAAAAUUGCCGAAUACUUGAGUGACGUAAGUGUAUGUUAUUUCAAGCAAACGCAAGAUGUUACAAAACAGAAAGUUAUAACAGGAGUUGUCGAUGAUCUUCAUGUUGCCAGGAAACAAGGCGUGGGUAAAUGGGGCGCACUUGUUGUUUAUUACCAAGGCGAGAAAACCACAUACAGAGGCGAGAGGUCGGGAGAAAAGAUUGCAGAAUUCUUAGCAGAGUUUGAAAGUGAUCAAGACGGCGACGGUAUCGUCGAUGCACUGGAUUCUGAUGCAGACGGCGAUGGCGUACCGGACGUCAAGUCGAAUGACGCAGUGGACAUCGAUACAGACGGAGACGGAAUCCCAGACUACUUAGACAGCGACGCUGACGGAAACGGAAUACCGGAUGAUCAGGAAAAAGACACAGAUGGCGACGGAAUUCCAGACUAUCUUGAUGACGAUGAUGAUGGCGAUGGUAUACCAGAUGCUGAAGAUAAUGAUGCUGACGGCGAUGGAAUACCGGACGUCCAGGAAAGGGACACGGAUGGUGACGGAAUUCCGGAUUACCGCGAUAAUGAUAUCGACGGUGACGGAUUACCCGAUGGUCUAGAAAAAGAUACGGAUGGAGACGGCAUUCCGGAUUAUCUAGACGAUGACGACGACAAUGAUGGAAUACCGGAUUCUGAAGACGACGACUCUAAUGGAAACGGCAUCCCGGAUGAGCUUGAAAGAGAUAAGGAUGGAGACGGAAUACCGGAUUACCUAGACAAUGACGCAGACGGCAACGGCAUACCGGAUCAUUUGGAGAAAGAUUCAGACGGUGAUGGGAUACCGGACUACCUAGAUGAUGACGACGACAAUGACGGCAUUCCGGAUGCCGAUGAUGACGAUCGGGAUGGAGACGGGAUUAAGGACGCAGAUGCGUUCCAUGUUGUACACUUGUCACGUGAGGCACUCCACAAAAUCAUCGACGCUGGAAAACUUGCCGUGGUGUACUUCGCUCCAAAUCGACAGCUUGUUGCUAUAGGUGAAAAUAUGCUCCAGGAGCUUCACCCUUUCGUUCACUACGAACUUGUCGCUGGAGUCGUAGAUGAUAUGAAGAUCACAAAGGAACAAGGUGUUGGUAAAUGGGGCGCCGUUGUUAUCUACUACGAAGGCCAGAAGAUUGUGUACAGAGGUGAAAGAUCAGGGGACAAAAUUGCCGAAUACUUGAGUGACUUCCACAAAGACGAAGAUGGCGACGGUGUCGUUGAUGCCUUGGAUGAGGACGCUGAUGGUGACGGUAUUCCGGACGCAGAGGCCAAUAAAGAUUCCGACGGCGACGGGAUACCAGACGUGUUGGACAAAGACGAUGACGGUGACGGGAUUCCAGACCACCAAGAACAGAUUAGAAGACUUGACCGAAAAGCAUUAAAUGACAUUAUAAAAUCUGGGAAAUUGGCUAUAGUGUAUUUUGCACCAAAUGCCAAUCUUGUUCCGAUGGGAGAAAGUUUAUUUGAGGAGACCAUUCCACUAGUCAAGCAUGAACUUGAAGCAGGCAUUGUGAACGAUAAAAAAGUGACAAAUGAGCAAGGAGUGGGGAAAUGGGGAGCAAUUGUUGUGUAUUUUGAAGGAGAGAAAAUUGUGUACAGAGGGGAGAGAUCCGGAGCAAAGAUUGCCGAAUAUCUGAAAGACUUUACGGAGGACGAGGACGGAGAUGGCAUAGUGGACGCAUUGGACGACGAUGACGACAAUGACGGAAUCCCAGACUCCGAAGAAAAAGAUUCAGACGACCUGUACGCAGAGAGUGUAUUCCGACUAGGCGAAGGGAGAGGGCAAAGAGGCAGAGAAUUUACGGAGGACGAGGACGGAGAUGGCAUAGUGGACGCAUUGGACGACGAUGACGACAAUGACGGAAUCCCAGACUCCGAAGAAAAAGAUUCAGACGACACCCCCAAUCCCACCUGUGACAUGAAGAACCACACAUCUCUACCAUGUUAUCCUGUGUACUGUGCCACGUGGACCUGCGCACGCAUCCUACUGCACCAAGACAUGUACCCUGUGGAACCCGCUAACGUGUGUCGUGCCGUGACAAAUACUCAAGAUUCCGAUGGCGACGGAAUUCCAGAUAGUUUAGAUAAUGACGACGAUGGUGACGGAAUUCCUGAUAAUUUGGAAAAAGACACCGAUGGCGACGGAAUUCCUGACUAUUUAGACGAUGACGAUGAUGGAGACGGAAUUCCAGAUGCACAAGAUAAAGAUGACGAUGGCGACGGAAUUCCAGAUGACCAAGAAGAUUCCGAUGGCGACGGGAUUCCAGAUAGUAUAGAUAAUGAUGACGACGGCGACGGAAUUCCUGAUAAUUUGGAAAAAGACACCGAUGGUGAUGGGAUUCCUGACUAUUUAGACGACGACGAUGAUGGAGACGGAAUUCCCGAUUCACAAGAUAAAGAUGACGAUGGUGACGGAAUUCCGGAUGACCAAGAAGAUUCCGAUGGCGACGGGAUUCCAGAUCAUUUAGAUAAUGAUGACGACGGCGACGGAAUUCCUGAUAAUUUAGAAAAGGAUACCGACGGUGAUGGAAUUCCGGAUUAUUUGGAUCCUGAUGAUGACAAUGAUGGAAUUCCAGAUGAUCGUGAUCGAGACGACGACAAUGACGGUAUUCCAGAUGAACAGGAAAUCGAUACGGAUGGCGAUGGCAUACCGGAUUACUUGGACGAUGAUGACGACAACGACGGCAUACCAGAUGCCCAAGACAAUGAUGAUGACGGCGAUGGGAUCCCAGAUGACAGGGAAAAAGAUACAGACGGCGACGGAAUACCGGAUUACCUAGAUGAUGACGACGACAACGACGGCAUUCCAGAUNNUUUAGAUGACGACGAUGAUGGUGAUGGAAUACCAGAUUAUUUAGACGAAGACCAAAAUGGUGAUGGAAUACCAGAUUAUGAGGAAUUCCAAACAGACAAAGAUGGCGACGGCAUACCGGAUGCAAUUGAUCACGACGAUGACGGCGAUGGAAUCCAGGAUCACCAGCACAUAGACUCGGAUGGGGACGGCGUACCGGAUCACUUGGACCAUGACGACGACAAUGAUGGAAUACCAGAUCAUCACAAGGACACAGAUGGAGACGGCAUACCGGAUCAUUUGGAUCAUGACGAUGACGGAGACGGUAUACCGGACCACCAUGACGAGGAUCACCAUGAAUUCGGAAAAGACCACGUGGACACGGAUGGAGAUGGCAUACCAGAUCACCUGGACCAUGACGAUGAUGGGGAUGGCAUUCCGGAUCAUCACGACGAAGAUCACCAUGAAUAUGGGAAAGAUCACAAAGACUCGGAUGGGGACGGCAUACCGGAUCAUUUGGACCACGAUGACGACGGUGACGGCGUGCCAGAUCACCAUGACGACGAUCAUGGCCAUUUCCAUAAGAGAAAAUCUGCAACCCAGGGCAAAGCAGACCUCGUCGACACUGACGGUGACGGAAUACCGGAUCAUCUGGAUCACGAUGAUGAUAAUGACGGCAUACCGGAUCACCAUGAUGACGACCACCAUGACUGGCAUGGUCACAAAGACACGGAUGGAGACGGAAUACCAGAUCACCUAGAUCAUGAUGAUGAUGGAGAUGGUAUACCGGACCAUCACGAUGACGAUCAUCAUGAAUAUGGAAAAGAUCAUAAAGAUAGCGACGGUGACGGCAUCCCAGAUCAUUUGGACCACGACGAUGACAAUGACGGCAUACCGGAUCACCAUGAUGAAGAUCACCCUGAAUAUGGAGCCGAUCACGCAGACGCUGAUGGAGACGGCAUACCGGAUCACUUAGAUCAUGACGACGAUGGCGACGGUGUGCCGGAUCACCAUGACGACGAUCACGAUCAUUUCCACGCGAAAAAGGCCGCAGAAGCCAAGAAGGCGGGAAAAGUUAAAACAGAAUUGUAG